GCACCUCUGCCUCGCCUCAUUCUAGUGCUAGCCGUGGACUGUUGAAUAACGUACAUUGUCGCUGGUUGAUUGCCAUUGCGCCACAAGAAGACGGCACAUGAUUACCAUGCGUAAUCUUAACCUAUUCCUUCGCACUGAAAGUACAGUGAACCCAGUCGGUGAUUUGGUUUAAAUAGGCACAAAAAAUCUUGCCUCUCGGAGAGCAAAGCAAACAGUGCUUAGAGAAAUGGCCCUAGAGAGUGAGCCCCAAUCGGCGCCUUUAGGCGGCUCCAACUUAGAUGCUCUGAAAUCAGAAAGUACAAACAAUGUGGAUCUGGAGGAUGGAGAAAUUGACGACGAUGAAGAUGACAAUGCGGUGCUGGCGGUCUCGGCUGCGCCGCCGCCUGCUGCUCCGGCACCGCCUCCCACACCCUCUGCUGCUGCUGCUGCUGCAUCAGGCCCUUCUACUCCAAGAGCCCCUCCAACACCAAAGAAUCAUGACAGGAGGGAACACCACGACUCCUCUAACAUGCCUCCUUGGCUACAAAAGAGGCUUGGCCCUCCACCUGCCAAGAUGAAAAAGAACAACAAAGGUUCAUGGGGUCCACCCAAAAGCAACUUUGUCCCGGAAGAAGAUGAUGAUGAUUUUGCGGUACACUUAGAAAAGGCAUUGCAAGAAAAGGCACGUGAAAAGGCCAAGCAAGCUGGCACAGAUAUAGGUAGUGCGCCAGAUGGAGAAGAAGUGGAGGGAGAGACUGAAGAUAAUGAUCAAUGGAGUCGCAAGAGGAGGAAGAGAAAGAAAAACAGGGAUGAUGAUGACAGUAGAGAUUCUAAGAAAAAGCGCAGAGAAGGGGUAGAUGAUGAAGAUGACAUGAUUUUUGUCCGGGGUGCUUCACCCCACCACCAUGACCGUCCCCCCUCUUCCCCACCGUAUAGAGAUUAUGAACAUGAUAGAUCGUUUGAAUCCUUUGGAGAAGAAGAGGAAGAAUAUGAUGGAAGCCCUGAUCGGAGUAACUACAACAAUCGAGGUAGAGGGCGUGGAAAUAAGAUGCGAGGAGGUGGGCGUGGAAGAGGUCGUAUGAGUGCUUCAAAUGAUGGCAGAGGAGGAUUCAUGAAUAAACGAGGGGGUAAAAGAGGAAAUAGAGGUAGUCCUGCUGGAAAAUUCCGAGGUGGCAGAGAACGUACUCAAGAUACUAUCUGUGAAUACUUCAUGCAGGGUAAAUGUCCAAAGGAUGCUGAUGAGUGCCCUUAUUCACAUGAUGCCACUCCUCGUCGCAAAAUGGAACUGUGCAAAUUUUAUAAUAUGAACUGCUGUGCCAAGAGAGAAAAGUGUUUAUACAUGCACAAAGACUUUCCCUGUAAAUAUUUUCAUACGGGAAGAAGAUGUAAUAGUGGAGAUAAGUGCAAAUUCAGUCAUGAUAGUCUCACUGAUAUGACUCGGAUUGUACUGUUAAAACACAUAGAAUUGGCCCCCAAGGAAAUUUUAGGGGAAUUCCGGAGGCUUACUAGGGAACAAGCAAAUCAAAUUAUUGAUAGAGCUGCAAAACUACGAUCAGAAGGGAAAAAUCCAGAAGGAAUUGACUUGCUUCGGAUGCAUGAGGAUGAAGGAAAUGAAUCUGGUGACGAACGGUCUCAUACACCAAUGCCAUCGUCCCCAGGUGAGGUUGUUCCGAGUGAGCCUGAAAUUAGGAACAAAAAUGAGAGACGGCGUGACAGAGACAGAGAUAGGAACCGAGAUAGAAAUCAUGGUGGUGAUAAGAAAGAGCAUAGCGACAGAAGAGAACAUCGAGAUAAGAAAAGAAAGAAAAGAUGGGACAGUCCUGAAAAUAGUCCUGCAAGAUUAUUCAGGCUUCAAGAAGAAUUACAGAGGCAAUUAAAAGAGCAAGAUGAUGAUGAAAAAGCUUUAGGAAAUAAUAGAAAACAAAAACAUGCAGCAGAAAAGGAGUGUGUUGAUGAUCAGGACAAGAAUAUUUGCAAUACAAGUGCCAAGGAUACUGAAUCUAGCAUUGAGCCAAGGAAAGAAAGUGAGUCCGUCUCACAUGCCGUUGCAAAUAGUCCAGAAAAAGAUGAAACAUCUCAGUUGGACAAGCAGCCAGCAGCAGGUGCAUCAGUAGACAGUGGAGAUGAAAGCCAAGAUAGCACUGGUAAUAUUCCAAUGCACCUUCCUAAGCGCCAACAAGAGCUCUUCCUCCGCAUUCAGCAGCAGCAGCGAAGAGCUGAGGAAAACCAGGAGGACAAAGUAGAAGAUUCAGAGGAUGAAGCUGGUGCUGCUGAAGAUGAUUGGUACUCCAGUGAUGAGGAUGGACCUACUUCUCUCACUGAUGUUCUAAAAAAUUUGAAAGAUGGAAAGAAAGAGGCGUCAAGUAGCCUGAAAGGUAAAGACAACGAUGGUACCUCAGCUAGACACAACGAUAGAAAAGAAAAGCCUCUGUCCUCCAUUGAAAAUGAAACUAAAAAUGAAGAACCACAAACAGUGUUAUCUGGAAGAAGACCUCCACUUUUACCAACUCCAAGUAUCUUGACUGAUCUUAUGAAGAACACUGCAAUAGAUCAGUUGCUCUCCACAAUUCGCUAUGGUGCAAAUGGCUCAGUUCUUCCAGCUUCAUCUGUCUCUGUGCCUACACCAGUACAAGCUGAAAUCACAAGUACUCCAUUAGGUAUACAGUCACCUACUGGUCUACCGUCUACAUCUGGUGUGCCAAUGCGAGACCCACGCCGUUCUAGAGAUCCUAGAGAUUCAAGAGAUCCUAGGGAAUCAAGGGACCCCAGAGAUUCGAGAGAUCUUAUAGAAUCAAGAGAUCCCCGUAGUCGAAACACCUCAAUUGCAGCUUCUUCUUUAUCACCUUCUGCUUCCCCUUCAUCCAAUGCAUCAGAUAGUCGCAUUGAGCCGCGCUUAGAAACUCGAACUGAUCCUCGUUCUGAGCGAAGAGACCCAAGAACUGAUCGGAAUGAUGUGGCGCAACCAUUGAUGGAUGCCCUAUCCAGUCCUAGAAUAGAUCAAAGAAAUGACCCUAGGUCUUUAAAGGCAGAUGGAAGAAGAUCCAGUGAUGGGAGUAAUAGCAGUUUGGGGAACAAUGUAGUUCCCCAACAGAGGAGUAUUUAUGAAAGUGCAAAUAUGUUGUCUGGAACUGGUGAUGUAGACCUUCGCAUCAGAAAUAUUGCACCUGAAACUGUUCAUGAUACAGAUUUCCGUAAGCACUUAGGAACAGGUGAUAUGGACAUGAGGAGAGACCUGACUGGUCCUAAUGUAUUCUCUGGUCUUGACACUGACCUGAGGUUUAGAAUGGGUCAUUCGUCUAGAGAGAAUGACAAUGAAUAUGCAGCAGUAUCUCACAGUGAUCUGGACUUAAGGCACAUGGGACUUCCAUUCAAACCACCACCCAUUCACACGCCUGCUACUGAAAUUAAUGCCUCUGUGCUAUCCUACACUCCUGGUGCCUACCAUGUGGUCGUAAUUGACAUUCCUACGCCAGACUUCUCACAACUAAAAAUAGAUCCUAAAAACUCCAUGGUAAAACUUGAUCCAAGAUUGCGCAAGGUGUUUGGGCUGAGUCAAAGUGAAGCUAACACCAGUACCACACCAGCAUCACCCCCUGCAGAAACGUCACCUCACAGUAGUAUCAUUGCUGCCCCGGUAGCUGCUCCUUCAGACCCACGGCGAAGAAACAGCAAUUCCAGUGUGCCAAGAAGAGUAGAUCCUCGCCAGGCAAGGGUGGGUGCAACCGCCACUUGUCCCCCAACUCCCCGGAUGGAUGAUUUUGAUGAGCCUACAGUGACAGACACUGAUCUGCGAAUGCAUCAUCAAUUUGGGCGACAAGGCUCAUGGGACAAUAUGACCCAGAGGGGUCGUGGGCUGCUUCCUCAUCCCAAUGAUAGCAAUAACUGGAUGCCUAAUGCUUCUUCUUCAUUUGGACGAGUACCUCAUAUGCCACAACACUCUUACCAGCAUCAAAGAUCUUAUACACCACCUCCUACUUAGCCCAGGAAAGAAAAAUAAAAUGCUUAAGUACUGUAUAAGAAAAACUCUUUAAUAAUUAGGUUUAACUUUUUAUCUUUUUUUUAAAGAUUCUGCAAAAGUGCAUUUUAAAAUUUUAUCAAGAUUUUCUUACCUGUGAUACAGGGUAGAUUGGUGGUCUGAAGUCAUAAAGACAGAAAAUGCAUGUAAUGUAUGUUAAAAGAAUUUUUGAGCUUUCUGUGGUGUUAACUGUACAUGCAAUGAAUGUUUAUGUGUAAUUGUGAGGUUGUAAGGGGAUGCUGUGAUUGUUAACUUUAUGGAAAUAUUUUAUUUUGUACUGAAGUAGUAUUUUUUCAUUUUUUUUAUUGUGUUUAUUUUACUGUUAAUUAACAUAGUGAAAUCAAAAACAAGUUUCUUUCCAUGUAGAUACUUUAUAGUGUAAAAAGUUGUCUAUCGGAAGUAAGAAUUGUCUGUAGUGUUUCGAAUCAUUUUUAGGCAUGCAGACAUUUACAUAAUUUUCAAUUCUGAUGUCAACCCAUCAUGUGUCAUUUGUUGUCCCAUUUCUGUCCAAUACAUUCAAUAUGGUUGGAAAAAUUGUCUGUUCAAACUUGGAGGACUAUCAAUUACUGUCCAAUGUGCUGUCAGAAUUUUGUUUUACUUUCUUUGAAUCAAAAUAGAAAGUUAGUUUCUGCCCCCUACCUUUUUUUAAAAAGUCAACUUUUUGUGUUGUCUUAAAACUUGACUGUGAUAUUGCGAAGUUGGGUAUUGCCCUAGAGGCGCUCUCAUUGGUGGAAUAAUUUGUUGACUUGCAUUAUGAACUCAAUGCAGUUAUUAUUUCAUAGUAAGUAAGUAUUUAGUCAUCUUUCACCGACGAAUGGGAUAAAAUGGUCUCCACUCUUUAGGGCAGCUCUAUUUCAUAUUUGUUUUUUCUAGUUAUAAUUAACCAAACUCAUGAUAUGUGAUGAUCAAAGACUUUUAGUCAUUGUUUGAGAACCAUAUAUGAUGUGAAUUAGCCUUGUGCUUUCCAGUAACGAGGUGAUAAACAGGUGAUUCCAUAUUUCUUGCAUGGAUUUUUUUUUUCCCCAAUGUGAUUUUGAUUCUUCUGUAGUACGCUCCCUCCCAGCUUUCUCUCUAU